GAAGAAUAGCUUCCGUUUCUCGUGCUGCGAAGGUUCGUUAAGCUAGGAACAACCAGGCUCCGAAGUCGAAUAUUUUGUCGAGUAGGCCACGCUGAUUUCCCCUCUGCUGGUGGAGUUUUCAGACCUUUUCUGAAGGAGGAACCAACGCUGUCAUGGCGCAGAGGCACGUCACCAGUCGUCCUCACCAGAUUGACGUGGAAGCCGACAGUACCGUGCCCACAGGUUGGCUGGCCGUGCCAUCUCCCCAGUCACUUGACCAGACUCAGUGGCUUGUUUCAGCGCCGGGAGAUGAAGUGACGUCCCCUACGGCCAUGUUCAUCCGUAGCGAACUAGCUACACUCGGGACCGAAAGGUUCUUAGCAUCGCCUUCACCUGUGCUGGUCAGUAGCCCGCCGGAGGCCUUUACACCGAGGUCCACUUUCAAGCUGUCUCCGUCUCCUCAUACUCAGGCAAGGACCAACAUCAAGGUGCUCAGCCCGGUGCAGAAGUGGGCCGAGCGGCGUCCUUCACAGGCUCAACGCCUCCUGUUGUCGGGGGCCGAAAGGGCCCUGCAGCAAGAACCACCCGCUCUUCGUGUGGGCUCCAGCUUUGACAGCGUGGAUGAGCUCCAAGAAGAGCGUGUGGUAACGCGCGGGUACUGGCAGCUACUGUGGACCACGUGCUCAGUCGCGUGCAUAACGCUGCUCUUCCCGCUGGCCGUCUUCUUACUGCCGGCUGCCACAAGCGGCGGUCGCGGACGGUUCUCUACGAGGCCCUGGAACCUUGCCAAGGCCAGCCGAACCACACUCACUGCUGCGAGCGUGCCGGCCGAGCGGGUCACAUACGAUGCGGAGGAGCACUACCUGCUGCCUGCGGGCAAGAAUAUCAGCGCUUUCUGCAAAGAGCGCUGGGACCGCGACGUUCGACCUCCCCCGAACAGUUCAUUUCCCUCAAUGCAGCACUUCGACUACAAUUCCACAGAACUUCAGCGACGGGCUGUCAUCUGCAACCUCAACACAAAGUACUGGCGCACGAUGGAGCCAUACAUUCCGUCCCUGCUGCCGACGAGUUUUUGCACAGUCGUUGUCGUGGAGGGCUACGCUAUUAAUGCCCACAACAUCACGAUCGUGUGGAAGUAUCCGGGAGGCGAGCGCUACCUGCGCACCCUGGCGUUGAUGCGCGAGAUGCAUCAGCUUAAUGGGCGCUCUGGCCCACUGCCCAUAUACGUAACGGUGGGCGGAGACCGCGAGGACAGCUUCAACUUCUCAGUAAUCUGCGACAAAGUUUACAACGUGCGAAAUUUCGCUUUGGAUGUGCAAAAGUUGACCAUGUUCUGGCAGGGUGUACACUUCGACUGGAACUAUCCGGGUGACAAAUGCUCAACCGUCCCGACCCCGCCAAAGACUCUGCACCAACGAUUCCUCAAUCUGGUGAAACAGGUUCGAGCAAAGCUCAAGGUGAUGGUGAGCGUUCCGGCCAUAGAGCACCGAGCCGCACUGUAUCUCCUCGAGAAUAUGACGGAGCAAGUGGAAUACAUCAUCGUCAAGACGCAUGUAGUUCGCAGUUACGGCCUUGUCAGCUGCAGCGGUGCCCAGGCGUUCGUUGUUAAUGCAUUCAACAACAUACGUGCUCGACUCAACAGGACCCACUGGCCGAAAAUUGCCUACAGUGUUUCUGUCGCGCCCGAGACGUUUACGGCUGAAGUAGCACAGCUUGGGGCGCCAUCGUCGGGACCUUCUCGCUGGGAAAACUACACUAUGCAACCGGGAAGGACGCAUUACGCGGUGCUAUGCAAGGAGCCUGUCAUCAAGACGCCAGAACACCCGGAGUGUCUGAUGGCGGAGAGGCGCGUCGGCCUCUACAACGUCCACGUGGCCACAUUCUCGGACCCGGCUGCUCUGCGGAGCCGAAUAAGGAAGGCGUACAUGGACGGCAUGGGCAUGGCGCCGCUCAUGGUCUACGACAUAGACUUGGACGAUUUUCAGGGUCGAUGCGGAUUGGGCAUGUCGCCCUUGAUACGCGUGCUCGCCACAGCAGCAUAUUCAUGAUCUCACCGGGGUUUAUUACAUGUGAUCGGAUGUCACGAGUAUGGUGCCAUUUGGAGCCCUUUAUAUUAUUGCUUAUUCGGGGAUCAAGGUUGGGUUCCUUGGUUCUCGCUUCUCUGUCUUACAUGAAACUGAUAAAUUCAUGUCGUUUCGGGCUUUUGUGAAAUAGUGUAACGAGCGUCUAGUCCUAUUGUUUGUUGUUAUUCGCAAGCGCAAGCGGCCCGCCAGUGUAAUCGGUGAAGUUUGCAGCUUCGCAGGAAGCGAGCGCCGGAUGGUUCUGUGUGCAGUGCAGAUGUACCGAAUUCGUCUCUUGACAGCCCCCGCGCGCCGUAUGCGGUACGUGCGAGUGAAAGCGUGCGAUGGUGAGCCGACGAUGGCGGCUCCAUCUCGCGCGCCCAAGGGAGGAAAGCGGGGAGGAAAGGGGCCGUCUUCCCCUGCGGGGUCACUGCCAUGCUUACAGUCCAGACAUCUAGGGGCACCGCGUGCCGAUAGCUUCAUGUGCGGUAGCGCCCAUACCUUUGCGCAUCACCCGUGUUCCCGAAGAGAAAUGGAGCUGUUUCUUUUUUUUUAAAUACUUUGGCUAGUAAAGGUAACAUGCUGCCAAUGUGCUGGCGUUUUAAUAGUGAAGUUUAGCGGGCACGAUGGCCCAGAUUUUUAAUUUAUAUUAACGACCUACCUCAGAAAUUAGAUUGCCAUAUUCGGAUGUUUGCCGACGAUUGCGUUAUUUACAAAACAGUUACUGACACCUUUAACCAACAAUCCCUACAAAAUAACCUAAAUCUGGUAGAAAACUGAUGCAACGACUGGCUAAUGACACUUAAUAUAAACAAAUGCAAAUAUAUAUCUUUCCACCGUCACAGUAAUCCUCUCCUGUUUCCCUACACUAUCUCUAACGUUCCUAUCGACCCUGUCCAAUCAUAUAAAUAUCUCGGUUUUCAUCUUAGCCAUGAUCUUACGUGGAAUAGCCAUAUCGCGAAUAUUAUUUCAUCUGCUAACAAAACGCUUGGCUUCCUAAAGCGUCAUCUCCACUCUGCCCCCCUGCAUGUUAAGCAACUCGCAUACAAAUCAUUAGUUCGAUCAAAAUUAGAAUACGCAUCGCCCAUCUGGUCCCCGAAACAAGUAUACCUUGCUAAUUCACUUGAAUCAGUUCAAAACAGGGCAACUAGAUUCAUUCAUUCCUCGUACUCUUUUGAUAUCAGCAUAUCAUCUCUGAAAUCGCAGUCCAACCUACCUACUCUUGCACUUCGUCGCCACAUUUCUAGUUUGAGCUUAUUUCAUAAAUUCUUUUAUUCCGAGCUAUCACAGGAACCCUACAUCUGCCCUCCCCCACCACGUUUCUCUCUUCGCACCGGACAUCAGCAGCAGGUGUCUCGACCACGAGCACACACAUCAACUUUUGCUUCGUCAUUCUUCCCCCGGACUGCUUGCGACUGGAACGACCUUCCCCAAGAACUUGCUGCCAUCACAUGCCCAUCUAUGUUCCUUAACCAAAUUACGCGUGCGCUUGCAUCACAAUAAUCAUUUUUGUUUGUAUAACUCGUUCAACAUUUUUCUGUUUACUUUGUUAACCUAUAUGUGUCCCACCCCUUAUGUAAUACCCUCACAUGAGGGUCUUUAAGGAAAUAAAGUGAAGUGAAGAAGUGAA